AAUAUGGAAUUAUAAAUCUCAAUCAUUAACAUUAAUUCAUCAUGCACAGGUUUUCGAUAAAGAUGUCUUGAUCACAUCAAUAAUGUUUUCACAAGUUCAUCAGGAUAGAAUCCUUCUUACAUGCACAGAUGGAUAUGCUGCUCUGGUUUCAUUAACUCAAACAAGUGUUUCAGAACCUCAAUUUUUCGGUACACAACAUGAUUUAGAAUGUUGGACUGGUGCGUUUGGUAAUAUGGCUGAAUUAUCAAAUUUAGUAUUCACAGGUGGUGAUGAUGGUUCAUUGAUCGCACAUGAUACUAGAGAGCCUGAUUCACUUUCUGUUUUCCAUGCUCGUAGAAUCCAUGAAGCUGGUGUUGUUGCUAUACAGACAAGUACUGAAGGUGAUCCAAUUAGAGAUGGUACUGGGGACUGGUUCAGUGAUAAACCUUAUACAUUAUGGACAGGUUCAUAUGAUGAUAAUUUAAGAAGUUUAGAUUUAAGAGUUGUUCCAAACGUGGGGAUUGUUUCAGGUAUUAUACCCAAAGUUCAAGAAAAAGUUAAAUUGGGUGGUGGUGUUUGGAGAUUCACUCCAUCUACUAUUAAAAACGAUAAUAGAUUAUUAACAUGUUGUAUGUAUAAUGGUGCACGUAUAAUAGGUGCUAAAGGUGAUUCUGAACCAAUUGUGGAGAGAUUUUUUAAACAAGAACAUGAAAGUAUGGUUUAUGGUUGUGAUUGGAGUCCUAAAGGUGAUCAAGUGGCAACGUGUAGUUUUUAUGAUUGUAUAGUACAAGUCUGGUCACCAGAUGAAUUGGAAUAAAAAAAAGAUCAAGUAUCUUCUGGAUCUGCAUUUUUUUCAAUCCACUCUUUUAAUUUAAUCCAAUCAACUUCACCAUCUGGAUUUUCCAAUAAUUUUUGAUCCACAUAUUGUUCAACAGGCAAUGUCUUUCUAACAGAAAUAAUAGUUGGGAUAUUUUUAACUCCAAAUCUUGGUAAUAAAUCUCUAGUAUCAGGUUGAUCAGUUUCAAUAUCAACCAUAUUUAUCUUUUUAUCAGUCUCAUAAGCAACUAUUCUUUGUAAUGCCCCAGUGACUUUAUUACAAUAAGGAUCACCUCUAACAGUGAAAUUCAACAAUAAUGGUCUUUUGAUCAAUAAUAAAUCCUCUAAUUCAUUUUCGAA